AUGUAUGGUGGCAAUCCUCAGGUACUUGCAGAAUUGGCAUCUGAUAUGUGGAUUGAACGAAAUAUUCCUGGUGGAUUAAACAGUCCAUUAGGUACAUAUCUUGAUAAUGUAAUGGGUGGAAAUCCAAAUCCAACAUAUGGACAAAUGGUUGGAGGCUAUCCUAGAGUUGGCGGUUAUUUUGUUGGUUAUUAUCCUGGAUAUGUUUAUCCAUACUAA